AUGGCGCCAAGCUACGCCAAUAUUUUUAUGGCAGACCUCGAAGAUCGUAUAUUAUCCAACUACCACCUCAAACCGACAUUCUACACCCGAUACAUCGAUGAUAUUUUUCUCAUAUGGGAAGAUGGUCUAGAUUCUCUGAAACAGUUUGAAACGUAUAUCAAUAAUAUUCACCCCAGCAUAAAGUUCACACUAGAGAUGUCUCGCACUGAGAUACCAUUUCUCGACAUCACAACGAUGCUCCAUAACGGCGAUCUAUCCACGACUAUCUACUCUAAACCAACGGAUAAUCACAAAUACUUAGACUAUUUCAGUUUUCAUCCUAUGAACUUAAAACGAUCCAUUGUUUACAGUCAAGUUCUCCGUCUCAAAAGAAUUUGCUCAGAGCCCACUGAUUAUGCAACCAGAGUAUCGUCUCUCGCAUCACAGUUCAUAAAAUGUAGAUAUCCUCUUUCCGUCAUUAAAUCGGCCAUAACUAAAGCAUCGCACCGACCAAGAACCGACCUUCUUAAAUACAAUGCCAAAUCACACUCAGAUCGCAUACCGCUCAUAUUAGACUAUAGCCCUCGUACAAGACCACUCACGAAUGCGAUUAAGACGGACUUUGAAACAUUGAAAAAAGACCCAUCCAUAAAGGCUGCUUUUCAGAACCCACCAAUAAUCGCACGUAGACAGCCACCCAACCUCAAGUCGCUUUUAACGUCUACUCAACUACCUACUACCGGUAACACACCGAAGAAGGGGAACAUGCCUUGUGGUAAAGCAAGAUGCCAACUAUGCAAUAUUAUCAACACUAAGCAAACAUUCAAAGUACCUGGCACCAACUUCAUUAUCCACCCACCCAAUGAUGACUGUUGUGCACAUAAUGUAUUAUACCUAAUUUAUUGCACCAAAUGCAAUAACGGUAAUUAUGUGGGAGAAACCGGUACUACAUUCAGAUCCAGGUUUAAUAACCAUAAAACUACCAUUAGAAAUAAGGACUCUAAUCACACUGUAUCUUUGCAUUUCAAUUCUCUUGACCAUGAUAUUAACGAUAUGCGCUUCCUUAUAAUAAGCUCCAAUUUCAAAUCCACUAAGGACAGACGGUGCGAGGAAACCAAAUGGAUUCAUCGCUUAAAAACCCAUAUUAACGGCCUCAACAAAGAUAGGGGCAUUGUUCACGACUAUGCUUUUGCGAAUAGUUCAACUUAA